CCGGAGGACACAGCGGGCACCGGAUCGCGGUGCUGCGCGCUCCCAGGGAGCGCGCACAAGCAGGGUGCGGGGAGGCCGUUUAUAGACGGCCACCCAACCCUGCAGUGCCACCCACCGCAAUCCGGUGCCCACUGUGUCCUCCGGACACCGGACACCGAUUGGCCAAUCAGUGAUCACAUGCAAAGUAGUAAGCAAGAUGUCACUUGUGACAUCAUUGCUUACUACGUCUCAAAUCUGUGAAUGAUCACCGAGGUCACAUGGUACAAGGCUAUUCACAACAGCCUUGUACCAUGUGACAAGCUGUGACCAAUCACAGCUCACUCAGUA